GACCGGAGCCGUGAAGGCCGUCUCCAGGUGACCCGCCAGGCCGGGUCGGGUCGGGCGUCGACGGACCGGGCGAGACGGCGUGUCGGGGCCGGGGGUGCGGGGCGAGGCCGGCCGCGGCGCGCGACACAAUGUGGCGACUCGUGCUGAGCUGGACAGUCGCAGUCAGCUGUGUCGGCUUUUCAUCAGCAGGCUGCGGCCUGUCGUCGGGACCCACGUGGCGGUCCGACGGCCGGUGCGGGGCCAGCUUCCCCCUGGCGACCGGCGAGGCGUCCACGUGCGACAAGCGGAGCGAGCGGCCCUGCUGCUCCGACUUCGGCUACUGCGGCACCUCCGAGAGCCACUGCUUGUGCGCCGAGUGCGUCGACUAUAGGGCCGUACAGCAGCCCGAGGGCUGUCUCAUACGCUACGCCGGCCUGGAGGGCGUGAUGGAGUCGCAAGGCUACCCUUCGUCGUACCCUCCCAACCUCGACUGCUGCUACGACAUCCAGCGGCCAGACGAGGGCUACUGCGGCGUCAAACUUUACUUUGAUGUGUUCCAGCUGGAAGGGUCGAUGGAUCCGUUCUGCCAGCGGGACUGGCUGAGUCCCGAGUACUGCGUCCCGGAGAAGGGCGCUCGCAUGUGCGGCAACCUGACGGGAUCCAUUCACGAGUACCUGUAUCAGCCGGGGGCGUCGGCCCUUCGCUUCUCGUUCCGCUCCGACUCGUACAACCUGCACCCGGGCUUCAAGAUCCGCUACGAGCUGCUGACCAAGUGUCGCGCACCGUACGCCGAUCCGAUGCCCACCGAGAUCCCGGACGCGGGCGGCGCCAAGUGCUACACCAAGGUCACCAACCGGAGGGGCAGCAUCAACACGCCCUUCUACCCAAAUAGCUACCCCAACAACGUGGACUGCGUGUACGAGUUCGAGAGGGUAGACCCGCGCGUCUGCGGCAUACGGAUGCGCUCGCUGGCAUUCGAGCUGCAGGACCCGUUUGAUUCGCCGUUCGGUGGCGCCUGCACCGACUUCUUCCACUGUCCUGGCUGUGGCUAUCUCUGCGGCCAGGUAGAAUUCUCGUGGCUAGCCCGGUUCCAGCCGGACGCAUCGUCCGUCAAGUUUCACUUCCACUCGGACGAAAUGGACGCCAAGAAGGGCUUCAUCGCGUCAUUUGAGCAAAUAUACGACUGUGAUUGAUGGCGCCGCCGGGCUCGCAGACGCUAGCGCCGCCAAGCGCCGGGGACGCGAGGCUGCGAGACCGGGCGGAUGUGUCACUGCGGCGGUGCGUGCAAGACAGUCAUCGCGACGGCAGGACGCGUGUGAUGACACCAGGUCGUCGAGUGAUGUCGAAGCUCUCAGAGGCUGGGCAGAGAGGACCGGAACGCUGUGCAGUGGGUGACAGUGACUGGCACGGUCGUGUCAGGAGCAGGACACAAUGCAGCGGGCUCGCACGGUCGUGUCAGGAGUAGGAGCCAGUGCAGUGCGCUGGCACGAUCGUGCCAGGAGGGCACGGUGCAGUGAACCGGCACGGCAGCCGACGGCUAAGCACAGACAUCUGCUCCUGACGAUGGUGCUCCACUGUCGCACGGGAGGGGCCUUCCCCGACGUGUACAAUACCUCGCUGCCCGCCAAUGUACGUGGGCCGUCACCGUCGAUCCGUGUCUGAUCGUGCAUGCCAUGAAUCCAAAGUCCAGAGUGGCAGAAUGUAUUAUUGGCAGACAGCUGCCGACCGAAGCGAACGUGUUACGAUGCCAAUAAGACACCCUGUCCACUU